GCUAUUAGACUAUUCGUCGAAAAAUCCUUCCUACCGUAUUCGUAUUGUACUUGCUUGUCGCAAUGCAACACGAGCUUCCGUUGCUCGUGAAGAGUUAACAAAAGAAUAUCCUGAAAGUUUGGUUGAUAUAGUAAUCGUUGAUCUUAGUUCGAUUGAUUCUGUUUUUAAGUGUUGUAAGGAAAUCAAAGAAAACUUAUUAACAGAAUCUAAAGCAGUAGUUCAGUCUAUAGGAAAUAAAACGAAAGACGGAUUAGGUGAAACAUUUGCAUGCAAUGUGUUUGGGCACUAUGUGAUGGUGCGUCAAUUAGAAGAUUUGAUGAGUAAAUCAGGUGAUGCUCGCAUAAUUUGGACGAGUUCUAGUACUUCUAGCAAAGAUUAUUAUAACUUUUCGGACUACCAAUGUAUUGAGAGGUUAGUAGAUUUGAUAGAUUUGACUCUUAAUACCCGUUUGAACCAACGACACAUUCACAGUUUUACAACUCAUCCCGGUAUUGUUGCUACAAAUAUUGUCGAAGAAACAAUCACCGCAUGGAAUGGCUCAUAUUCUAAUUUCAUUGUGGCUACACUACCCAUCGAAUGCCUUAAUAAAUCUCUUAAGUAUGGUAGCUGUGUCAAACCAUGGGGAACAGUUUACUAUGAUGAGAAUUUUAUCGAUGGUUAUAAUGAAGAGGACGCAACUGCUUUAUUAAAUCAAUUAGAUCGCUUAUUGGAGAAUUUUUCUCAAAAAUCUUAA